CACCCUUACGCGUUAACGUGCACAUGUAGGCAGUCAUAAUGGCACGUGUACGUCGUGCUGCCAGACUGAGCGCUUGAUAUUGUGGGGCCUUGUCGUGCGCAUGCCACAAACUUUCGAGGCUUUCGGCUAUUAUGCACAGACCCGGUAGUCCAGAUGUGAGCUGGACUGUCCACCCAGUACUAUGGUCCUUUGUUUCGGCCGUACACCUUCCAAACUCCAAACAGAACCCGAAGCAACAAUGAGACGCGGUCCCAGAUGUGCCACUGAGGACGCGCUGUGGUACAUGUUUGGGUGUGCAAGAUCCUCGUCACGGUCAUCUCUCAGCUGUUCCAGCUUUGGUUCUCGAGCGAGUUCGGAUGAGGAAAACUGUGCGCCCGAAAAGAUUCGACCUAUUUUGGAUUAUCGAUGUACACCACCGUUGAACAGAUCACUUUUCAAUCAAUGCGGCAUUCUUCCGAGGCGUGAUAGCCCUAUAGCAGAACCUGAACUGUUGGCAUCUGGCCGCAUUGAUAGAUUGAAUUUGUCAUGCUCAGCUCCGAAAUUGCGCACCCUCAGGUAUCAUUGUGAAAUUUUACUGGAUGGUAAAACGUUUGCUCGGACCACAAGCAAGCUUUCGGGCGAUAUGCUCUUCUGGGGUGAGGAGUUUGACUUGAGUGGUGUUUCCGAGUUCACCACACUUUCCAUCAAGUUAUUCCGCGAUUCAGAGCACACUGGAUCCAGAGACUCGUCAGCUAGUCGACAUCAUCGGACCAUGUCCAAUCCACAUCUCCCUGGUCAGCGUCCUCAUCAAUCCCUUGUGCUUAGUCCAUCCCCAAUGCGAAGGGACGUGGCUGGCCGCACAGGAAUGUUGGGACCUGAUGAAUUUGUGUUCGAGGAAUCCCCUCCCUCACCUAGUUUGUACACAUCCCAUGGAAAGGCAAGUCGUAACAAGGGUGCUGCGGGGACUGUCGGGAGGAAGGCGGCCGGGAAACAUGGCAAAAACAAACGAUCAAAGCAUGCAACCUAUUCCAGUUUGAUUGCUACUGUGAUAAUUCCUCCAGAGGCGCUCGCAACAACUUCGGAAUUAGAAUCUUGGUACCCGGUCACCAGGGUGGAAGGAGAUAGUACGCCAACAACAGGAAGUCGACACAAACGCUCUCAUGCCAGCGAAAGUGGUAAAUCACGCGGAGCAAAAGAACACCACCUUUCCAACGGGCUUUGCCCGACUGUACAGCUACGCAUCAAAACUCGACAUCGAUGUGUUACCGUACUUCCACUUACGGAUUAUGCUCGCCUUCAACAUCAUCUGGCUCGUUUUCAGCCACCGUUGCGUCCUCGUACGUCAAUAACCGAACAACCCUCUUCCUACCUGAGCUCAGAAGUGAUCCCCCAAACCUCAACGGACUCUGCCCUUCUUCUUGCCAGUUUGGAUCCGUGGCUUGGUGUGAAAGCCAAGGCAGAACUCGCUGGUUCCGUGGUUGCAUUGCAUCAGGCGCUCGGGCAAGCAACCGACUUCCUGGCCGUACUCAUUCUACAUGAAGUCUACAAACAACCCGAUGCUAAUAUGGUUCUGCGCGGAAACAGCAUAGCGACAAAAGCCAUGGAAAUCUACCUACGACUGGUUGGAGAAGAUUAUCUCUGCUCCAUCCUCUCCGAAUUCGUCCGCACAGUAUUGGCCAGCUGUUCUCAGCAGGGCAGCUAUUCACCGACAGAACAGUCUGCAAAAACUGCGAAAUCUUCAAGACAGACCACACAAUUUUUCCUCUCCGACUCGUUCCUCGAUUGCGAAGUCGAUCCGGCCAAGUUGCAGAACUCCGCCGGUCAGCUCAACCGAAAUCGAUCGAAUCUACUCCGAUUAGUGGAAUUGGUGUGGAGCAAGAUUGUUGCUAGUGAGCCCCAUUUCCCCAGAAAGUUGCGUAUGAUGUUCGCUUCUGUUCGACAACAACUGGAUGCGGCAUUUCCGCCAACUGGUGGCAGUGUGUCUGAUGGAUCGCUCCCCAGUGCCACUAUGUCGGAACAUGUCAUAUCGGCGUGUCUUUUCCUGCGUUACAUUUGCCCGGCCAUUCUGUCUCCCUCACUGUUUGGCUUGAUAUCCGAAUUCCCCAGUGAUCAGCGUGUCUUACGUGCAUUCACCCUGGUAGCCAAAGCCAUCCAAUCCUUGGCCAACUUCAGCGUGUUUUCUGGUGCCAAAGAAGGAUACAUGUCUUUCUUGAAUCCAUUUGUAACCGAACAGCUGCCUUCAAUGCGACGCUUUCUUGAAGCUAUUUCUUCCCCAAGCCCGACCGUUUCCCGUGAACUUCACCCUGUGCACACGUUUAAGCGAGAUAUCUAUCAGAAGGCGAGCGUAGAUUCCAGCCGGGUUUUUAGCAGUCAAUCUCAUCACACAGGAUUCACGAAUAUAUUGGAUGGAAAAGACGAUCCAAUGGGACAGAGACCCAUAGGCCCCGAAUCGACCUCAAGUUCAUCCUCCAUCUUGACACGCAGCAUAUCCGGCCUACCAACCACUGGAAUACAUAGCUUAAACAACCCUCCGUCGAUCACGUUCGACAGAAUGCAGUCCCCAUCGCCCCUCGUCGGAAUAGGAUAUCAAUUUCCUACAGAGUUUUCCAGGCAGAUUAGAGACCCGAUUCUUUUGCCCACAUUCCCCCUCAAGAGCGCUGUUGCGAGCACCAUGGUCGGAUCCAACGGGUAUGACAGUACCGCGUUAUCCGGCGAGCACAUUGAUCUGGCCCUAUGCUUGGCAUUGUGUCAUAUGCAGCUCUCAGAGGCUGUUUGCAAGGUCCCUACAGAUGUGACUGUUCUCAAACCGAUUCUGGAAGAAAUCGAUUAUUUCCUAAAGACAGGUACAGACCCUGAUCCAAACUGGUGGCGGUCUGUUUCGACCGCCCCACGAAAACAGGAGAAUGGCACUGUUCAGAUUAGAAAUCAUCUGACCGAACGAAAUAUGUCACCUGUGAUCCGUUCGAGCCCAUCACCACCACCGGAGACUGACCGUGUUUCGACAGUUCGAUCGCGAUCGAGCGGUUGCUUGAAGCCGAUUGAGCCAGAAGGUCAUACAUCAGUUCAGUACAGAAGUAAUGGCUAUGAAAUGCGCGUAUCGACGACUUCUGAUCGAUCGAGUGAAGGAUUGGCGGAAAGUAUGCUGCAGGACGAGCGGCAACAUAGACCUGUGAUCAUCGAAUUGCCGGAGAGAGAAUCCAACAAGGACAUGCGGGUCUCAGUUAACGUGAAAUGCCAACAGCCCCUGGUAUCCAUCACCCCAAUGACGACGACAGAACCAUCAGUCGUUGGAAAAACCAUAUCCUCCAGAAGUACGCCGAUGAGACCCGAGUACGGCCGCAUUGAGGAGACAAGAACAAUAUCAAGACUCGUGACAAAGGUCCCCUCUGAGGACAGUACGCUUUGGUCUAUCGAUACUGACUCUCAGCCCAAAUCAACCGCACUCGAAGCUUUCAGUCCAAAACCCGAAGCCCCGCAAAUUGCGAACUUCGUUCACAUUUCAAGAAAUCGUGCGGUUCCUCCUACUUGUCUUGCUUACACAGCCGCCAAUUCAAGCUCCUCGGGUUACCAGUCCUUGGGACGUCACGAACUCUACAGUUACAAUCCGCCACCCUGUGAUCCUACGCCAUCAACUAUCGUCCAUUUGGGGGAAUGCGAUUCGCCUCUUGCUCUAUCUCAAACGAGCGGGAGUUUGACGUGUACUGUAACAAAUCCUCUCUAUGCCGUCCAUCCUUCGCCUGGCACUUCAGUCGCCUCGUGUUAUUCUGGUUCCACAACAAGUUCGCCGGUCAAACAAGCUGACAAAGACCUGACACCAUUAGUUCAAGCCCCUCCACUACGGUCGAAUUCGUUCACAGGCUCGUCAAAUCAAGGUGGAAGACAUACAUAUGUGAACCUGAAUAACAGUCCAACCACAGAGGCAUUGUUGGUUGCGGUUCGAAACAAGCCGAAUAGCCGGAAAAUUAGUGAGGAAAACUCAGCCUCGCCUGGUGAAUUCCGUCCGUCCACACGUGCUGAAGUGGAUCGUCGGUUGAUCGACGGUGUCAGCGAUGUGGGGCCUCCAUCGAUUACUUACUUGGGAAGAGAAAUUCUUCCUAGAAAGAGUAGUGCAGGAGCUAUCCCGAACGGACUGAAACAGAUGCAGCAUGAAGAUUCUGAAGAUCGACAGGACUCGGCCUUCACCGGCGACGAAAUGAGACACAGCAGCACACUAAAUGCCGUUCUGGAGGGCUACAAUCAGGUUUAUCAUAUUUCUGGCUCGGACAGCGUGCGUUCCGUUGGAGUUCUCGGGUCAGCGAGGCCAAGUCUGUUUCCGGUUGAGGCAAGUCCAAUUGUGCCGGCAAGCAUUCGAGAUGAACUGGACGCAUCUCAGGCACGGCUUGCAGAGGCUCAAGCUCGUUUGCUGGCAAAUGAGGCUGAACGGAUUCAACUUCUUCGAGCAUGGCAUAACGAACUUAUGAGGCAAUCGCAACUCGUCAGUCAGACGAGCCUCGGCACUUCCGAUGACAGUCGCUGGAGAAGACCGUCCCUCAUUUCUGACCCCACACUCUCUCCUGGGACACUAAGUGCGUCCGAGACAACACAGAGACUGCCGGUCGAUGGAGUCAGUUCGGACAGUGGCCGUAAUUCAAGCACCACAAUUUCCACAGCACCGCUGGGCAGCUCGAAGACCUCACAACAAACUACUCGUUCUCAAAGGAUGGUACACAGUGCACAGCCUCGCAUGGGAGCCUCGGUGAUCGGUACAACGCAGGAUCCGAUUCAACCAGGACAAUCCACAUUGCCUCCAAGAAGAACGUCUACUACGGACCACUCCACCGCCAUGUGGUUGCAGACGGCGCAACAAUCCAACGAAGACGACCAGUGGAUUGAUAUGAACCGAAGUCCUUCAACGCCCGGACUGAGUUGUACUGCAUCCCAGACAACAGCUUCAGCGCUGGCCGCUGACUACGAUGAUCUCCCCACAUCUGACAGCGUGGAUUCCGAUCAUUUGAACGGACGAAGCAAGCAGUACGUGUGGGACGGCUCAUCAAGUGCAUACAUACGGAAACCGAGUUAAAGCGCGCAGUUUCGACCCGCUAAGCAUUUCAAUCAAAUCCUAUCGUUCGAAUUGAAACUCGCCUCCCCCGUGUGAUUCAUGAAUAUCACUGGGCCAAUAAUAUGCUACCACCACUGUAUUGUACACAUGCACAAACGACUCCAAAGUUUUACUUCCUUUCGCUUUGGUUUGCUUUCGUCGCCCAGCGAUUUCAGAGUCCAAAGCCCCGGGCAACUGCGAACAGCCAACAAGCCGUCGGCCGGCGCAGAACCAAGUGUAUUUGUGCUAUUUUUUAUUGAUUUAUUUGGCACCGAACUAUUAUUGUAUAUCAUCACUCAUCAGCAAUCCACUCGAGCUCUGACUUGUGCACAAAUGAUGCGCAAUCAACACAGUUUUAU